AUGGCCAGAUUGAGUGCCACCGCAUCAACCGCUACGACGCGUGCACGAUGGUUGCUUCAGGAGGAUCUGCUCGCUGGGUAUCCAUCCGCAUCAAUUGCUCAGGUGGUUGUGAAUGGAUCUGUGCCCGAUGGGUCGUAUCUGUUUGGCGACAAUCUUCUGUUGCAUCUGGCAUGCAGACUUCAAAAAGGGGGCGGAGGUGGGGACCCCACCAUGGAAAACAUUUGCUUGCCAUGUUUCUUGGUGGACAUUUGCGGAUCUCUCCUCAGUGUGUAUGGAAUUGUAAACACGAGCGACGAAGACGUCCUGUGCGAGCCCCUCGUCACGAGCUUCCCACUGGUUUUCUUCGACAAUGAGCGGCGCUGGCGCGCUGGCGUCCGUCGAAACCAAGCCUCUGCGCCUGCGAUCGAUCUCGAUCGAUUGAGCUUCCCGCAUAAGGACUCGGUAGAAAUCGACGGCAAAGUGCUCUCUUUCCAGUAUGUUGAAGCGGUGCAGCGCUUUGUAUUCACGGCGAAAUGUUCCGAUGGGAAGGAAGUUAUCGUGAAGUUUGCGAAGCGAUACGGGAAAAAUGUGCAUGAGUACUGCACAAGGGCCGGAUUUGCUCCAGCGCUGUUGUUUUGUGAACCCUUGGCAGGUGGCUGGGUUGCAGUAGUCAUGGAGUAUCUGGUUUUGUCGAUGGCUGUGGCCAAUACGGCGAGUGUUCGCAAGCAACUUCUCGGUAUCAAGAGCACUUUGAAAACUGUGUCGUUCGUCCACGGCGAUCUCCGAGAGAACAACGUCAUGUGGGACUCCUCGAAUAAACGAGUCGUCCUGAUCGAUUUCGACUGGUCUGGCAGGGACGGCGUCGGCAAAUACCCGCCGUUCAUGAAUCCUGACAUAGUGUGGCCGCCGGAAGCAGAAACUGGUAAACCACUUCGAAUCGCGCAUGAUGCGUAUUGA